GAGUGGAGCCUGGAGCAGCGGAUAUGUCUGGGACACGUCCAAGCGGCUGCGCCUCCAAGGGGAAUGGACAGGCCGACACCAGAGAACUAGAGAGGCCCACCUCCCACUCCUUUCUUCCAAGCUGUGCCAAAGGGAGGAUGAGCCUGAUGGGCAGAAUUCAAGUGAGCUGGACAGCGCUGUGAAGGAGCUGCAGGCAGCCCCCAGAGCCUUGAGAUGGCACCAAAAACCAAGAAGGGAUUGAAAGGUUCCAUCGAUGAUGUCCUUGGUGACCUCCUGGGAGAUGAUACGACACCGCCUGAGAAGCCUGUUAAACUAGCUUCACGUGCCAGAGACGCCACAGGUGCAGCCCAGGCGCUCCCUCCCUCAAGGGCUAGAACAAAGUCCCUCUUGGAAGAUGAUGCCUUCAGCACCAGGGCAGGCCUGGCAGGAGCUGAUGCUGAGGUUUCAGACAUCUCCGAUGCAGACCCGCAGGCUCUGCUCCAGGCCAUGAAGGAUCUGGAUGAAAUGGAUGCUGAUCUCUUGGGUCUGAAGAAAUCUAAUCUAGCCUCAAGCAAAAGGUCUGCAAAGGGUUCUGGGAAAGAAGAGCAGCCUAGUCCUCUUAAACCUGCUGGUGUGUUAACAGCCAAUGAGAAACACUUGGAAGACCCAUUGGCAGGACUUCUCUCUGAUGAUGAGGAAGGAAUCGCCAAGAAGCUGCCGGGGACGGAGAGUAAAACAGCUUCCAUAAAGAGCCCAGCCCCGGCCAGAGACCAAGCGCCCUCUAUCCCUCUAACUCCUGGGAACACUCCGGUCCGAAAGAAAGAAGAGUUGCUCUUUGACGAUGGGGACGACAUCAUGGCCACCCUGGGGUUUGGAGACAGCCCCAAAGCAGAAACAAGGCACACAGGAGACCAGGAAGGGCCCCUCCCUGCCCGCUCCAAGCUGGAUGAGCUGCUGGGUCGGGGCACUGCCGCCAAACUCUUGGCCCGUCCGGGCACCAGGGAGCACAGGGAAUUCAAGCUGGACAAGAAGUAUCAGCGGCCACAGGACAAAGAAGACACCGGGGGUGACGAGGACUUCACCUUUGGGGCCUAUCAGCCCACCGUGGGCUCCGAGGGCCGGCAGUCCCGCCGGCAGUCCGUCAGUAGGUUCUUUGAAGGUGGCACAGACCCCAAGGGAGAACCAGGCUCCAGACAGAGCACCCCAGCAGCAUCCAGCCCUACCCAGCCCAGGAGGGGAGGUGCUGACUGGCUGGGCCUCAAGGACGAAGGCUUGGACCUGCUCCCUUCCUCCCCGACCAGGGAGGCUCGGAGGGGCCCCCCUCCCGCCAGCCAGCAUCCUGCUCCCAGCCACCACUCUGCCCCGGCCGGGCUGCCCUCCUUGGGGGCACAGCCACCAGCCGAGGGUACCAGUUCUCCUGCCAAAGGCAGCCAGCCUUCCCAGCCAGGAGCGUCUGGGAAGAAGGAGGAGGACUGGCUGAGCCAUGCCCUGUCUCGGAAAAAGUCCCAAGGUCUGGCCGGAGAGGAGCACGACGCAGCCUGUAAGGGCCAGCACUCGGUAGGGGCGCUGCCUUCCGACAGCCAGCCUGCUGCCGGCACCCAAGGGCUCCAGCCAGCAGCCGCCAGGGGGACCCCAGGCACGGCAGCACAGAGGCCACCUGCCCAGCCUGCCACCUCAGGGUCCCCCGUGACUUGGAAUCCUGCUGCCUUGGCCCUCCAUGCGGGUGACCCAAAGAGGGGAACAGCCCCUGGAGAUUGCUCUGGCACUGAGCCUGCAAUUGGUUUCCCAAGCUCCCAGGAACCCCCAGGGCUCUCUGUGCCUGUCCAGUCCCUGGCCUGGAGCCUGCUGCCCGGCUCCGAAUACCAGCAGCAGCUCCUGGCGGCACAGGCUCAGCUUCAGAGGGGCACGGCCGAGCUCCAGGCCGACCUCUUGCAGAGUCAGGCCCGGCUGGCGGAGCUCGAGGCCCAGGUGCGGAAACUCGAGCUGGAGCGGACACAGCACCAGCUGCUGCUGGAAAGUUUGCAGCAGAGGCACCAGGCAGACCUGGAGCUCAUCGACAGCGCCCACAGGAGCCGAGUCAAGGUGCUAGAAACAUCGUACCAGCAACGNGAAGAGCGGCUGCGGAGAGAGAACGAGGAGCUGUGUGCCCAGUAUCUGUCGCGCUGCCAGGAGGCUGAGCAGGCCCGCGCCGAGCUCACGGCCCAGCACCAGCGGCGCUUGGCGGCCACCGUGCAGGAGAAGGACCAGGAGAUGGAGCGGCUCCGGGAGCUGCAGCGGGCCUCCAUCCUGGAGAUGCGCAAGGACCACGAGGAGCAGCUGCAGCGGCUGAAGCUGCUGAAGGACCGGGAGAUCGAUGCCGUCACCAGCGCCACCUCCCAUACGCGGUCCCUGAAUGGCAUCAUCGAGCAGAUGGAGAAGUUCUCCAGCAGCCUGCACGAGCUGUCCUCCCGCGUGGAGGCCUCACACCUCAGCACUGCCCAGGAGCGGGAGCUGGGGAUCCGGCAGCGAGACGAGCAGCUCCGAGCGCUGCAGGAGAGGCUGAGCCGGCAGCAGCGGGACAUGGAGGAGGAGCGGAGCCGGCUGCAGGAGGUCAUCGGGAAGAUGGAGGCGCGCCUGGGCGAGCAGAGCCGGCUGCUGGAGCAGGAACGCUGGCGGGUGAACGCCGAGCAGUCCAAGGCCGAGUCCAGGCAGCGCGCUCUGGAGGAGCAGAGGAAGGUGGUGGCCCAGCAGAUGGCCGUGGAGCGGGAGGAGAUGGAGAGGGCCAGGAGUGCCCUGCUGGAGGAGCAGAAGUCCGUCAUGCACAAGUGUGGGGAGGAGCGGCGGCGCCUGGCAGCCGAGUGGGCCGAGUUCUAUGCACAGCAGAAGCUGAGUAAGGAGCGGGCAGAGCGUGCGGUGGAGCGGGCGCUGCAGGUGGACACCCAGCGGGAGGGCACCCUCGUCAGCCUGGCCAAGGAACAGGCAGAGCUGAAGAUCAGGGCAAGCGAGCUCCGGGCCAAAGAGGACCAGCUGGCGGCCGAGAGGGAGGCUCUGGAACAGGAGCGCCGGGAGCUGCGGCUGGAGAAGGAGAGGGUCGGCGCCGCCGCCCAGCGCAUCAGGCUGCGCACUGAAGAGGUGGAGAGCAUGAGCCAGGUGGCCUCGCAGAAGUACGAGGAGGGGGAGCGGGCCCUGCGCGAGGCCCGGCAGGUGCAGGCGGAGCAGCAGGCCCGGCUGCAGCUGGUGCAGCGGCAGCAGGAGCAGCUGCGGCAGCAGGAGCGGCACAUGCACCAGGAGAAUCUGAGUCUGGCCCAGCAGCGGCUGCAGCUGGAUCGUAUCCGACAGGACCUGCCCUCUGGGCCCGUGGGGCUGCUCUCCAGGGCCCAGGGCUCGGCAGCCUCUGGCCUGAGUGCCAUCGUGGCUCCCGUCCCCCCGGCUCCUCAGUGCAGCCAGCUGCCAGCCGGCCUGGGGCCCUCGCACCUCUACGCCAAGCUGGUGCUGCUGAAACACACAGCUGAGCAGGACCGUGACUUCCUGGAGAACGAACAGUUCUUCCUGGAGACCCUGAAGAAAGCCUCCUACAACAUGACGUCACAUUCAGCCUGA